AUGCGCCGGCUGAUGCUUCCCGAGCCACUGGAGCUCCGCAAGGUUGGUGAAGAGGUUCUCGCCACGGGUGGGGAUCACCACCGCAGUAGCGCCUCCUUGGCCCCUGCAUUGUGCCGCGAUGGGGGGAAAGAAAAGGCCUGCGGUAAGAAAAGUUCUCGACAAGGGCCCAGCACGAGCGCCCGAAGCAGCACCGGUCGUGAAUCAACCCUCAGUAAUCCGAAUCGAAGGCUCUUCGGCGUUACCAGCCUGCGCGGUAGCGCGACUCCUGAUAACGCUUUGAGUGAUGGUAGCCGUCUGAGCUCACGGUCCGGGCCGUGCGCCGAUGUGGAGCCACCGAGACCCACAUCUCCACACCGGCAGGUGAAAAAGGGGCCAAACUCCUCGAUCCUCCGGCAGAAGAGCAGAAGGCCUUUGCUUAGUCGCCCGGUGAAAGGACGUAGUGCCAACGUCAAGUCGGGUGAUCGCCAUUUGCAUAAGGCGCAUACCAACCUCCGCACCUUAACGGACCUGAAAUUAAGUCCACUAGCUCCUCGAUUCUCGCGCCUGCCUUCAACUACGGCGUUAAGUGCAAAAUUAUACGCUCGUUCUCAGAGCGCCUUCGCGCUACGGGAUUGGCUGCCAACAAAUCCAGACAUCCUCUCCGACCUCCUCCACGGCGCGACCCCCGAAGCGGCGAAGAAUCACCAGGACGUGAGGGUGGUCAGUGGCUGA